AUGAAGGCUCUCGGAGAUUCUCGAGCUUUUCCGAUAUCCUUUUUUUCAACGUUGCAGGAUUUCCAUAUCAACAUGAAACUUGGUGAUACGAUUCCACCUUUUUCUGCCAUAACGAACAUAGGAAAAAUCGAAAACUUUCAUGAAUGGAUUGGUGAAAGCUGGGCAAUUUUGUUCUCACAUCCUGCUGAUUUCACACCAGUAUGUACGACUGAGCUUGCUAGAGCUGCGCAGUUGGCGGAGAAGUUCCAGGAACGCAAUGUCCAGAUGAUCGCUCUUAGUUGUGACUCGCCCGAAUCACAUCGCGGCUGGAUAAGUGAUAUUGUUGCUUAUGCGAACGAUUCAAACGUUACCUAUGAUGGAUUCCCUUUCGAAAUUAUUGCCGACGAGGAUCGCAAAUUAGCCGUUGAACUUGGAAUGCUGGAUUCAGACGAAAAGGACAGGACGGGGAUACCACUUACCGCUCGCGCUGUGUUCAUAAUUGACCCCAAAAAGCGCGUUCGAGCCCAAAUUCUCUACCCGGCAACAACUGGCAGGAAUUUUGACGAAAUUCUUCGCGUCAUCGACUCGAUGCAGCUGUCGGACCGUAUGCCAAUUGCUACUCCUGAAGGCUGGAAGAACACCAAGGAAGCUUGCAUGGUGCAACCGACUAUGUCUAUGUCCAAAGCUGAAGAACUGUUCGGAAAGGUGAAAACCGUGCAAUUGCCUAGUGGAAGACCGUAUCUUCGCCAAGUGAACAUUGUCGAGUAG